CCGCCUCAUAGGACAGAGCAUAGAUAAGGGCUUCGCUUACUUUCCGUUUUCCGCUGAUUCAGAUGGCUUUUUUAAGUUCUGCAUCUCGCACUCCAUCUAUGAAGGCAUCUGUAACAAUAACAUCCAAAAAUUCUGGUGUUGCCAAUGGGUAAGCCAGACGGGCAAGACGCUCAAUGUCUGCCGCUAAUUCCUGUAGUGUCUCUCCACAUUUCUGCAGUCGGCUUUUUAAUUGUAUCCUAAACACUUCCUGUAAGUGCUCGUCGCCGUAUCGCAGUUCCAUUGUAUUGACCAUAGCAUCGAAGUCCGUCUGGUCCUUCAUUGUCUGUAACAAUUCGGCUGCCUUGCCUCUGAGUGCCAACACCAGACUGUCGCGUAGUAUAGACAAGUGUCUAUUUCUUUCUCCUAACUCUGUUUUUUUUAUUUCCUCUACUGGUAGUACGUGUACGGGGCGAGAGUGUCUUGUAUUUUUUUUGUUUUGAAUUGUUUUGCUACGUCACAAAGUCCGGUGACAUCUAUGGGUCAUUCUUUGUCAUGAGGCAGUUCACCCUCUGAGUUUGGUUGUAACGGACGGUGUGUUGGCCAGUAAAACGUUAUUUGUCUGUACCAUUUUCUCGGACUUAUUAUUCAGUUGGAUUUUUGGGACCCCUGUUUAGGGUGAGUUAUUCGUUUGUGAUAUCUAUUAUUGUAUGCUGUAUGAGGUUGUCACUAUUUCUAUUUUUAGUGUAGAAAUUGAGAGUAUUGUGUUUAUUUCGUUUAUAGGGUGCCAGUGUUGGAGUUGUGGGCGUCGCUUGCCGUCUCAGAAAUACAUAUUGCAGUUUUUUUCAUUGUCAUUGUCAAACUUUACUAUUACCGAGGUUGGCAGUGUUGUGACGCCAGCCGGUCAGAGUCUGGUGGACCAUAAAGCCAGGGUGACAAGUUAAUAGCCGUAGCAAAGGGUGCCAGUGUUGGAGUUGUGGGCGUCGCUUGCCGUCUCAGAAAUACAUAUUGCAGUUUUUUUCAUUGUCAUUGUCAAACUUUACUAUUACCGAGGUUGGCAGUGUUGUGACGCCAGCCGGUCAGAGUCUGGUGGACCAUAAAGCCAGGGUGACAAGUUAAUAGCCGUAGCAAAGGUGCUUAAAUUAAUUAUUGUAUAAUAUCUUUAUAUAUACCUAUUAUAUAUAUAUAUAUAUAUAUAUCUAAUAUAUAUACUGUCUAUUUGUCAUCCUCAUUGUACAUACACAUAUAUGUUUCAUACAAUUAAAUUCAUUUAUUUUUGUUGUUAUUUAAACUAUUCACCUAGUUGUUUACUGUAUGUACGACUGUGUGUGAGUGAUGUUCUUGUCAGGUUGAACCCCGGGACCUUAACAGUAUACAGCUAGUUGAAAACGCAAAUAAAUCCUAAACCUGACAAAUGGGGGCUCAGAGUCCGGCUGUGACUACUAGGUCAUAGAUUGUCUUAUCUAGUCUUGUUAUCUUAUAAAAUAAAAAAAAAAUAUAUACUGCCUAAUACCUCUUUAUUGUAUUUAUAUUUGAUGUUAUUGGGUACAAUUUGCUGAAGAAAAAAAAAUUGUUUGUGUACUUCUCAUAAUUGUUUGGACAUCAAAAGUAGCAGAGGCUUGAAACAUUGUUAAAUUUAUCAUUAAUUUGUUUGAAUUCACCGCCAUAUUACUUUAUGUGUUGAUUGUUGAUAUUGAGGAUUGUACCAAUGCUAAAUUCAUCAUUUAUGAUUUUGAACUCAUCAUCAUAUGACUAUAGGUGUUGAUAUUUCAAGAUUGUGAUUUAUAUUCAUUUAUUUAAUUUUUUCUUUCAUGUAAUUUUGUGCUUCACUUAUGACCGAGUGACGAGUGUCUUCUCGCUCCCGACAACAGACAAGUGUGUGGGGAUUGACCGUUGAUACCGGUGUUAGAGGCCAUCGUUCCUGUGUUGGUGUGUUGGAAGUCCCUGUAGCAGCUACCUUUCUACGCAUCGGCCUGGAGUGAGGCGUUUUCUCUCCGACGUUGGAUACUGCUCAGAUAGGUUUUCUCUUUCUUUGCCAUACGACACACUCAUAGGUUGUAGUUUACAUCUUAUGUUUGUAUAUUAUAGUAUAUCAUAGUAAUAAUAAUAAUAGUAUUAGUUGAUUUAGCUUAACACAGUAAGGCACUUAGACCAUGGAAACCAGGUUAACGGUAACGUCACAAUUUAUUAGUGAUGGCCGUGCUAUGGGGUACGAAGGGGAAAGGCUAGAGAAAUAUGUGAAGGAACGGAAAGCUGAAUAUGAUAGAGAUAAGGAAGUCGCGAAGGCAGAGGAAGAGGCUAGGUUUGAGCGGCAGGAGAAGUUGAAGAAAGAGGCGAAGGCAGAAGAAGAGGCUAGAAAGAAAGAGGCGAAGGCAGAAGAAGAGGCUAGAAAGAAAGAGGCGAAGGCAGAAGAAGAGGCUAGGAAGAAAGAGGAAGAAGAGAGAUUUGAACGUGAUGAGAAGGCCAAACGCGAGGAGCACGAAAGAUGGAAGGAAAGAGAUGCCAAGGAGUCAAUCAAGAGGAAAGAGGAGUUGGAACUGGCUAGGCUUAAAGAAAAGUCUGCGCCAGAGGCAGGCGGGGCGGCAGGACAGUCAGGGGAUGUGCGAUACAAGAAUGUCUUAGACAGGCUUGACAAGAGUUUCCAGGGAAUGAAAGAUGACGACGACCUCCUAGCUUACCUAACACACUUUGAGGCCGUUGCAGCAAGGUGCAAAAUAGAGAGAAAAGAGUGGUCCUUGCUGUUGUCAUAUAAACUGACCACCGCACUCAGAAACUUCAUGCUAAGGGACAGUCUGUUCCUUAGCGAGAAUUAUGAAGAAGUCAAGACUGUACUUCUUCGCCAUGCAGAUAUCAACGCGGAAACCUGCCGCAAAAGAUUCCAUCUCGUGAGACCAAGUCAAAACGACUUUAGGAGUUAUGUAACAGAAUUGAAAACGGCCUUAGACAAUUGGUGCAAGAUGGCCGAAGUCGGUAAAACAGUGGAGGAGUUAAAAGAUCUGUUGAUCAAAGAUAGGAUCUUAGAAAGCGUAUCGAGUCGUGUAUACAGGCAACUGGUUUUGAGCAAGCACAGAACAGUAGAGAACAUGCUGGAAGUUAUAGAAGGCUUUAAGGUUGCUGGGUCAGAUGAGCCGAUUUGUAAGGAAGAGAGUGUAUAUGUGGCGGCAGCAUGUUGUGAACCUGUGGGUAAAAGAAAGGUAAUUGUGUGUUUCAGUUGUGGUGAAAAGGGGCAUAAUUCAACCGAGUGCCGUAAAGGUGUUUCCCCGUCUAACGAGAUUGAUGUUGAAGAUGUGAACUCUAAUGAUAUUGUCAGCGAUCAAGAUCAAAGGUCAAGACAUAGAUGACUAGCGGAUCGUCGCGAUUCGGAUGGUCGCCGUGGGUAUAAGUUAGUGCCGGAUCGCUACACAGUAACUGUUCAAAAUUUGCCAUUCAAUGUUAACUGGCAGAAGUUAAAAGAUAGAUUUAGAGAUGUUGGUUUAGUGGGAUUUGUGGAGGUUUUAAUGGCAAACGGGAAGUCGAUGGGCGUAGGUCAUGUAAAGUUAAGGAACCUGGCCGAUGUUGCGAGAGCAGUUAAAUAUUUAGACAAGUCCAAACUUGGAGGUAGAACUAUUGUAGUUGUCCCACAUCGUAUAAGUGCGCGGGGGUAACGAUAUGAUAACUUUGAUUCUCUGUUUUAUAUAUAUAUAUAUAUUUAUAUAUAUAUUUGCUUUGUUGGUCAAACGUUCCAAUAUUUAGACCUAUGGAAGUAAACUGGAACUGCAAGUGUGCGUUGGCAUUGAAUAGGCUGCAGACUUGUCUGAGUAAGUAUCCUAUUCUUCGUUUACCUGAUACUUCUCUAACUUUUUUUUUUCUUCAGACAGAUGCUUCAGAUAAAGGAAUUUCUGGCAUUCUCUGUCAGUGUAUCAAAGGCAUGUUACAUCCCAUAAAGUACGUAAGCCGUAAAUUGUUGCCUCGGGAGCAGAAGUACUCUAUUAUUGAACGGGAAGGAUUAGCCAUAGUAUAUUCUGUAAAGAAACUGGACAGGUAUUUAGCAGGUAAAAGAUUUCCCCUGCUGACUGAUCACAAGGCCUUAUCGUAUCUCAGGAGCACAAACUUUACCAUUGCACGUAUCACAAGAUGGGCAUUGAUGCUACAAGACUACUCCUUGGACGUUGCCCACGUAAAGGGAGAGAACAAUCUGCUGGCUGAUCUUUGUUUAAGAUUGAUAUAGACUUCCAUCCGCCAUUUAUAUUAUGUCUCUAUGUGUUAUAACAUUUGAACUUGUGUUUCAUAUUAUGCAAAUGCUACUAAUUUCAAGAAUAUAAUGUGUAUUUAUUUACCAUGAAUAUAAUUUGGUAUAUUAUAUUAAUGUUGUAUUUGUAAAUAUGAUUUUGUAAUAUAACUUGGUUCUUGGCCCAAGUUGAUAUGGGUCACCUUAAAAGUCAAGGUAACCAACUUUUCUUUGUUAUUGGAUUUUUAUCUUGACUUGUAUUGUGUCUCCUUGGUUCAUUAAUUGGUGACUCCCCUACCA